UCUUGCAGAUUUCAUGCACUUUACUAUGCUAUGGCUUUGAACAAACACAUGCACCCAAGGAAUGGGUACAAAGAUAAUCCUCCAGAUUUUAUUGAACUAUCGAAACAGUAUCCUGAAUUUAAACCAUAUGUCAAAUACAAUCCAAAUGGAAAGGCAUUUGUAAAUUUCCGAAUUCCGUCUGUUGUAAGAAUAUUAACAAAAUGUUUAUUAAAUAAGGACUUCGAACUUGAUGUAGAUCUUCCUUCAGAUAGGCUUUCUCCUACAGUUCCAUCUCGUUUAAAUUAUAUUUUAUGGAUAGAAGAUUUAUUGAAUGCUACUUCACAGGAAUUUACCAAGCAAAGGCAUAUUGUGGAUAUCGGCACAGGGUCAGCCUGUAUAUAUCCGUUACUGGGCAUGAGAAAUAACCCAGACUGGAAAUUCACUGCGACUGAGAUUGAUAGUUUAAACUUCAAAAAUGCUGUUAAUAACAUAGAAAAAAAUUCACUAAAGUCAUCGAUAAAAGUUCUCAAAGUUGACAAAAGUGCUACAACUUCUUUGCUAUUACAUUUAUUCCAAGAUGCAAAUGAUGGACUUGAUUUAUGUAUGUGCAAUCCACCCUUUUUCAAUGACUCAAGCGAAAUAGAAACUAAAAUCGGUCCCAUUGCAAACUCAUCAUGUCACGCAAAUGAUGUUGAAUCAAUAACAGAUGGUGGUGAUCUUGCUUUUGCUCACAAACUUUUUGAAGAAAGUUUAGAAUUAAAGCAAAAAGUUACUUGGUAUACAAUACUAAUGGGAAAGAAAAGCAGCUUUGUUACAUUCAAGAAGCAAAUUUCUAAAUACAGUGAAAUUCUAGUUACAACAUAUGAAUUUUGUCAAGGAAGAACUAUCAGAUGGGGCAUUGGGUGGAGUUUUUGUUCUGAUAUGAUUACAGAAUCGAAAUUGCCUCGUUCUUCUCUACAAAAUGCGACUAAAAACUCGGAAGUUGUUAAGCCAAUUACGUUUUCUUUACGUAAAACUUUAGAAUUAAAUUAUGUGUAUGACUCACUUAAAAGAGAACUCAGCAUUUUAGGUAUUUCAUUCAUGGAAAUAGAAAAUAACAAAAGUCUUGUUAUUUUAAAAUUACAAUGUGAAAAAUGUAAUUGGGUUCAUAUCCGCCGACGAUCACGAAAAAGAAAACUUGAUGGCGUUUGUAAUGGAGGUUCUGUCAAAAAUCUAAUCGAGGAGUCGCCUUUAACAAAAAAUCAUUCCGAUUGCACACUGCCAAAUGGAGUUGCGUCAACCUUACUUCAAUGUGAAGUUACAAUUCUCAAAGAUUCUUUCGAUCAUAUCAAACUUCAAUUCAAGACUGAAAUUCGAAUUCAAAAAGAAGUUAUGAAUACACUUGUAGUCUAUCUAAAACGUAUUUUACUCUCUGACAUUACAUAAUAAAGAUUUUUCAGUUCUGUUUAUACUACCAGCUUUUUACAUCGUUAAUCUUUACUUAAAGCUGUUUUUAAAUUUUUUAUCUGCUCUGGUAAUUUAUUUUUUAAUAAUUCAGAUUUUUUAAGAUUCAUGACUCUGAUGUCAUAGUAUUUUUUAGGCAGGUAUACUUUAUGGUUACAGUAAUUGGGGCGGUAUUGACUUUAGGCCCAAAUAAUUUUUUCAUGUAGCGAAGUCAAUAAGAUAAACCUGCUCAGUCAAACGGUCUCGUAUCUAACAAAUUUUGUGAAAUUGAUGUCAUUUUUGAAUAACUUGACCUGUUUCAUUUUUCAUUGAUUACUGUCUGCCAACCAGCAUGUAACACAAAUGCAAGGACACAUGAACCCCUUUUGGAUAUUACUCUGUACUCUUCAUUUACA